AUGAGUCGGUCUCCAGGAUUCUACGAAAAGCACUUUCUUCUUAGAAAUGCUAACGGGCUUUACACAAACUUAAGUUCCACUGCCAAAUACAACAAACAUGUUACUAAGGCCCAUUUGGCAGAAGCAUUGAGGCUCUUGAUCAAUGAAAACCUGUGGUUCACCCAUAAUACCUUUAGGGUCGCCAACACGGGUAACGUCUACAAGGACUAUGUUACAAGGCCUGUAGAUCACAUUAACUUCGACUCGGUCGUUCAGUAUAUCGAAAUUGAAGAAUUCGAUAGGUAUGCUCUUGAAAGAACUGUUACCAUGCGGGUCCCAGUGAACAGGGAUGAUGCUCCAUUGUGGCGUCUAUUGGUGAUGGAGACAAAGACAGAGCAAUACUUCACUUUUUAUGCAUGCCAUUCCCAUUUCGAUGGUGGUAGCACCGCCCAAUUCCAUAAGGAUCUUAUGGGCUACCUCGGCAAAACCUCUGGCUCUGAGUUCAACGGUGAACUUUACAAGAACCAAGGUACAUCAGUUUUACCUGCUGUUGAAACUUUAACUAAUUUAUUCUACCCGCUGUGGUUCCAGAAGUUUAAGUUCUUUUUUGAAAUCAAAACGCCUAAAUUAUACGAAUGGGUAAACUGGAUUUUCAAUGGAUUCAAGUCGCCCAAGUUGUUUGAAGCCGAACCAAUCAGCGCAAACGUUGAAAACAAAAUUCGUAUCAUUAAUUUACCGCCUUCUGAGGUCAGCAAACUCGUGGGUCAUUGCAGAUCUAACUCAUACACUGUUACUCCAUACAUCACAGCAGUUGUCAAGCGCAGUUUAGAAAGAUUUGUCUUUCCUCAAUACCACUCGAAUCCAGAGGAGGUAAGCACUAAGCUUUUUAUGGCCGUGGAGGGUAGAAGAUAUUAUCCUGAACUUUCUGAAGAUAUCAAAUACGGUGCAUUCGUCUGUGGCGAUACAUAUAUCAUGCCACACCAAGACAACUUUGAAGGAGAAGUCAAGGAGAUCCAUAAGAAAAUCAAAGAGUCAAUCGAAUCAAAAGAAGGUUUUAAGCAUGUCUGGGCAUUGAAGAUCAUGGAUACCGUUAAUAUGCUCAAAAGUUUGAUUGGACUGAAAAAGAGAACGACUUUGCUCAUCACCAACUUGGGCUCGCUUAAGGAAGUCCCAGAUCAGGAAUGGCAAAUCACUGAUGCUUAUUUCACACUGAACAAUUCCCUCGUUUAUCAUUUCAUUGUCCAUGCUGUCUCGACAGCUAAAGGGGGACUCAACAUUUGCCUUUCAUACUUGCCAGAGUACGAAAACUUAACCACUACUGUUGACGAGAAGGAAGUCAGUGUGAUGAACGCUGUGGAAGCAGACAUUAGAGCAAGCUUCUCGCGGGCCAUUAAUCAAUAG